GCGGAGACUGAGAGGGAGGAGAGCGAGAGAGGGAGAGAGCUGAGAGCACAGAGCGCUUAGUCCUCGCCGGUCGCUUGGAUCCGACCUCUCGCACACGCAAGCAAGUUUCAACUCUCCUCGUUACACACAGCUGGAGUCGGCGACGGGCGUCCGGGAAGCUGACAGCUCUACCCUUCCCGCUCACGCAAACCUCCCCGUGGAUUACACCGGAGGGCCGCCCGACCUAUUGCGGAUUUACCGGAGCACAGUCCGCAGUUUCCCAGCCCCGCUCGCUGCGGCACCCGCAGAAUUCAGGAUGCGUCUCCUGUCCACGCGUCUGAGCUACCUAUGCCUGCAGUUACUCGCCUUCUGCUUUCAAGCGCAGGUAACCUAUCAGUCACCGCCUAAUUUUACACAGCACGUCAGGGAACAAACCAGGCAGACGGACCGCCUCAGCAGGAAGCUAAUCCGUAUUUACCAACUCUACAGCCGCACUAGCGGCAAACACGUCCAGGUGCUGGGCAAGAGGAUCAACGCCAAGGCGGAGGACGGCGACAAGUACGCUAAACUGAUCGUAGAGACGGACACGUUCGGAAGCAGAGUCCGCAUCAAAGGUGCCGAGUCUGGGUUUUACAUUUGCAUGAACAAGCGAGGAAAGCUGAUCGGAAAGCGAAGUGGGAAGAGCAAGGAUUGUGUUUUCACCGAGAUUGUCCUGGAGAAUAACUACACGGCAUUGCAGAACGCCAAGUACGAAGGCUGGUUCAUGGGCUUCACCCGCAAAGGAAGACCCAGGAAAGGGUCGAAGACCCGGCAGCAUCAGAGGGAGGUGCACUUCAUGAAGAGGUUGCCCAAGGGCCACCUGUCCACGCAAGACAACCACAGACACUUUGAGUUCAUCAACUACCCAUUCUCCACCAGGACUAAACGCACCCGACACUCCAGGCCUCGAUAGAAGCAGCCACCCACCUCGACCAUAACCUCGCUCCAAUAAUUACAACCAACAAUACAGGACUUUAGCCCCUUUUUUAAAAGAUAAAUGAACAAGAGGCUUUAUUUUUCUACGCCACGCGACCCAAUGUGACCUGACGAGCGGGUGGUUGGUAAAAAGAAUUCAGCAAGGAAAGGACUGGGGCACAAAUUGGAUUCUGAUAGGGGUAAAAGAAACUCUUUGGACUCCGAGCCAUCAGCCCAAGCUGCUCCAUGUUCACCUGAGUUAGGAUAAUGGUGUAUGUAUAUAAUGAGUUAAUUAGACAUUGGAAGGAGAAGAGCAAAAGAGAGAUUGCUCACAUUCUCUUCGGAUGCUGUUUUGGGAACUCUUAAGAUUGACAUCCAGGGGAGUGAAACGCCAAGAAUCUACCAGAGCGCAGGUCAUUCUCCACCUAACACUCUCCCUGGAUGCUGCUAUCAGUCAUUCACUGUGCAACCCCAUCUACUGAAUCUCAGCAGAGAUCAGGUGCAGCAAAGGAUUACAGUCCCACCUGACUUUUUCUUCUUGAUACUCUCUUCAUUUUCUUUAUUACCUAUUUUUUUCCCCAGUAAAACACUGUAUCACUGCCAAGAGACUGGCACCAUUUUUAUAUUCUUUUUUUUUUUUUGAAGAAUUGUGUAAGAUAUUUUUUAAUGGUGAGAAUAUUUAUUUAGUAACUGUAUUAAAUUUGUACUAGUUUACAGAAAGCAA